AUGAUGCAGGAGAAGCAUACUAUUGAUUUCAGGUCGCGCAGGGAGGCGUUCAUAGAGGGCUGGGCAGCCUGGUUGGGGCGACACAGCAGUGCCACGUCGUUUUGGGCGAGGCAUAAGCCGGCCUUCCACGCCUAUAACUAUAGGGCUAAUAUUGAGAUCGAGGUGAGCGAGGAGCUGUACGACCUGCCGCAGGAGAGGCACUACGCUAUAGACGACAGUGAGGACGAGGAAGACAGGGAAGAAACAGGAGGAGGCUGGGUAGAUGACGAUAAUAACAACAACGACGAUAAGGAGACGCUCCAGCUUGAACAGCUGUCUAUAGCUAAUAAUAGGCCUAGGAGGGCAGAGGCGGAGGGAGCAGCAAACACAAACGGAAGCAUGCGCGACAGUUAUGGCAGCAUCAACAACGCAAGAGCUUGA